AUGCCCGUACUUCAGUCUAGAGUUCUUUACGGUUUAAAAACCAAUAUAGACGGAAAUGUGAAUUAUCUCAGUGAUACGGAAAUAAUUUAUCCAGUUGGAAAUGCUUUGGCAUUUCACAAUUUUUCUCAGCGUCGACAGCGAUUGCUUCGCUUGCCGGACAAGCAUGAAAUAAAUAUUAUUGCCAUCACACCAAACAGGAAAUACGUGGCUACUUGCGAGGUGGGUGAGAAACCAACGAUAAAUAUCUACGAUGUGUACAGUCUAAAGCGAAAAAAGACUCUGGGAAUCCCAUACGAAGCGGCGGGCGUUACGAAAUUCAACUGUAUUUCAUUCAGUCAUGACAGUCGUUGUUUAGCAGCGGUAACAGGGGAGCCUGACCAAACAAUGUUGUUUUACGCUUGGGAAAAGGGCAAAGUGGAGUCAAGCAUAAAAGUAGGAACUACACAAAAUCCUCAAUCCAUCGUAAAGUGCAUAACUUGUAAUCCCGGUGACAGCGGAGUUAUCGCACUGGGUGGUCCAUACGCUUUCAAAUUUCUAACGGUUUCAGAAACCGUAUGGCGCCCUUACGGUUUCUCGAAAUCCGAGAAUCUCCUUGUUUCCUCAAUGGCUUGGCUCAACACUGACAGAAUUUUGGUCGGAACUUACGAUGGGCGAAUUCUUUACCUGGAGAACGGUGACUUGAAAAAUAUUUACAAAAUGACAGAAACGAGUGUGAUGAAUUUGAAAGUUCGCGAAGAAUACGUCGUGGCAGCGUCGACGUCUCAAACUAAUUUGGAAGUUUAUAGCGACGACAAACUCUGGCAAAACGACGUUCGAAGUUUGGUAGCAUUUCAACGUGGUUUCGCUUAUGGUUUUGGUCCUGGAACAGUUGUCGUUUGGGAGCGAGAAGGUCAGCAAAAGCUAACAAAGAGACACAUUUAUGAAGUUCCGCCUCAAGUCUCCAAGAUUGUCGACGAGAGUCUCUAUCGCAUCAACAGCAUAAGUCCAAAUUUGAGCAAUGACAUCCUCGUCGUGACGACCGGUUGGUCGCAAUUGUUUUGUGCCAAACUGUGGGGUCCGGAAACUCUCCUCGACGUUGUAUCCUCAAAUUUCACAAUAAUGGGUCAGCAUCUGCACCACGGUCCAAUCGGCGAUUUAUCCAUUUGUGCAUGGAAAUCGGUAUUCAUGAGUUGUGGCGAAGAGGAUCGCAGUGUUAGAAUUUGGGACUACGAGACAGAAAAAUUGUUGUUAGCAAAACAGUACAACGAAGAUGUCUACUGCGUAGCUCUUCAUCCCACUGGACUUUUUUGUCUUAUUGGUUUCAGUGACAAGUUGCGAUUCAUGAGUAUUCUCAUGGAUGAUUUUGUGACCGUCCAGGAAAUUGCUGUCAGAAAUUGUCGCACCGUCUCAUUCAGUCAUGGCGGUCAUCUCUUUGCAGCUGUAAAUGGAAACAUAAUACAAGUUUACACUACGGUUGGCUUUACCAGUCGUUUUCUCCUCAAAGGUCACACAGGCAGAAUAAAAAAUGUAGUUUGGUCCCAGAAUGACAUGAGACUAGUUAGCAUCGGGAGCGAAGGUGCACUCUACGAAUGGGAUAUGAGUAAUGGCAAAAGAAAUUACGAGGUUUAUCUCAAAGGCAUUAGCAUGAACGACGUAGCUCUUACUGCUGAUGGUACGAUGACAUACUGCAUUUCGAGCGACAGUAAAAUCCGUGAAAUCAAAGAAAGCUCGAUCAUUCGAGAACUCAUGAUAAACGAGAAAAAAAUGUUGGUGUUGAUCAUGUCGAAAGACGAUUUCGGCAUGUUCAUCGGUUCGCCGGACGGUUUAAUAAUUUUUGUGAGAUACCCGUUGCAGGAACCUCUCGAUACGACGGAAUUUCACGUUCACUGCGCUGAUAUAACGAGCAUGUGUUUGUCCUUCGAUGAAAAAGUCCUCGUCUCGGCGGCUCAAGAUGGCACGAUGUGUUUUUGGCGCGUAGCAAAAAGCGAGGGAUUGGCUAUGGAAUUUACUCGGACGAAUGAGAUCCUCAUUGGCCAAGGCGAUUUGGAAGACAAAGUUGAAAAGAUCGAAGAAUUGACCGUUAGAAUGCGCGAAUUGGAGACCGAACACGCGUACAAAAUGAGACAAACGGAAGUUCAUCACAACGAAAAAAUUCGGGAAAUUCAUCAGGGCUAUUGCGAAGCGAUCGAGGAACUGCGCAUUAAAAUUGAAACGUUGCAGGAAGAACGUACCAACGAGUUGAAUAAAAUCAACGUGGAUAUUGCGAGAAUGAAAAAAACUCACGACGAAGCGAUUCGAGUCAUGGAAAUGAAUUAUGACGCUAAAUUGAUCGAGGAAUACGACAAAUAUCGCGACUUCGAAGAACGUAAUAAUCUUAUGAGACAAGAGUACGAAAUUGAAAUCGAAAAAUUACAGGAACAAAGAAUUCAAGAGUUGGAGGAAUUGAAGAAAAAUUACGAGGCACAAUUGCACUCGAAAAAUUUAGAGCUCGAAGAGAGCCACGAAGAAAUUGCUCAUCAAGCAAUCGUUCACGAAGAACUUAAGAAACAAAUUGAGGACGAUGCCGAUCGUGAAAUCGUUGCUUUACGUACGAGCUACGAGGCUAAAUUAAACGAGGAAUCUCGCACGAUUUUAAAACUCAGGGGCGAAGCUGGAGUCUUGAGAAACAAAUUUUUUGCCACUCGCAAAGAUAUCGAGGACCUUAAACGCCAACUCGACACUCAACACUCGCAGCAAACACAAACUCGCAAAGUUACCCAUGACCUUGAGAAAGAUGUGAUGGAUUUGAAAAAAGAAAUAACGGAGCGUGACGUCACUAUUCAGGACAAAGAAAAACGCAUUUACGACUUGAAACGCGACAAUCAAGAACUCGAGAAAUUCAAAUUCGUUCUCAAUUAUAAAAUUCGUGAAUUGAAGAGCCAGGUUGAACCCCGAGAUCACGAGAUCAAGGAACUUCGUGACAAAAUGAGUGACAUGGAAACUGAAUUGAUAAAUCUUCAUAAAAUAAAUGUAAGUUCGGAGCUUCAGCUUCAAGAAUUGCGAGAAAAAUUGCGGGGUGCGAAACGCGGUAGUGAAAUUGAAACAGCGAAAAAUCGCAGACUUCAAGGACUUUUGCGAAAAAUUCGUGUUGAUUUGUCGAUGGCUGUUGAGUUGAUACAAGAUCCAAAUUCUUUGAAAAAUGCUGUUAUGCAACUUCACCAACGUUACAGCGCAGAUCCCAGCUUUUCCCGAAAUCGCGAUGAAGAUUUACGGGUCCAAUGCGAAUUCUCGAAACAACGCGAUCAGCUCGAGAGAACCGUUGAGUCCUUGAGAAAACAAGUUUUCCGUGAUAUGAGCGAAGACGGCAAGAAAGAAGGUGACAAAAUGAUGCAUGAGAAUGUCGAAUUGAUCGUCGAGCUAAACGCUUUGAGAGAAGAGUUGAAAAAAUCACGUAAACAUAUUCUCGACAUGGAAACUCUGUUGGGACUGAGAGCCAUCGAUUUGACUCCGCAAGAAGCAAAAAGAAAAUUGUCCGAUGCUUGCCACGGUAAGGAUGAAAUUGAGAGAAUGUACAAACAAAAAAUGCACGAUUGUGAAAAAAUGGUUGCAACUCUUCAGGAUGAUAUUAAACGACUGUUAAACAAAGACAUGGCUCCGCAGGAAAAAUAGUUUUC